CUUGGCUGGAAGUUCCACUUCCUUGAGCGCUCCUCCUCUUCUGGAAGUUUUUCUGUCGCCUGUGCUCGCCUUUGCCCCCUUUCCUUGUUUUAUCCUUAGAGUAGAAAAGAAUACUUUCAGUGUCUCCCUCCUAGUUUCGCCGAACUGGUUGAGUAUCUCACUCCCCAAGGUGAGGCUCCUGCCUCACACCCCCGUGUAGCUGGGAAGGUGGGACCCGGGCAUGUUUGGACUCCGGGGACGCUGAAGGAAGGGCAGAGAGAGGACACAGAGCCCCUCUUCUGCACCUGCUACCAGACUAGGUCUCCUCUAGUCGCGCAUCCCACCGCCAUGCACCCCGCGGCCUUCCUGCUUCCCGUGCUUGGAGCCACCGUGCUGUGGGGAGCGACCCCCAUCCGGGGGCUCAUUCGAGCCACUUCAGACCGCAAUAACAGCAUGGAUUUUGCAGACCUGCCAGCUCUCUUUGGGGCUGCCUUGAGCCACGAGGGACUUCCCGGGUUACUUGUGGAGGCCCAGCCAGCCAACGCCUGCAGCCCCAUUGCCCCGCCACCCCCGGUUGCGGCCAACAGAUCGGUCUUCGUUGCACUUCUCCGAAGAUACGACUGCAACUUCGACCUCAAGGUCCUGAACGUUCAGAAGGCUGGGUAUGGGGCCGCUGUGGUACACAACGUAAAUUCCAAUGAACUUCUGACUAUGGUGUGGAGCAGCGAGGAGGUCCAGCAGCAGAUCUGGAUCCCGUCUGUGUUUGUUGGGGAAAGGAGCUCCAGGUACCUGCGUGCUCUGUACGUCUAUGAGAAGGGAGCGCAAGUGCUCCUGGUCCCGGACAAUAAAUUCCUCUUGGGCUAUUGCCUCAUCCCUUUCACAGGGGUGGUGGGACUGCUGAUUUUGGCCGUGGCAGCAGGGCUGAUAGUUCGUUUCAUCCAGCACCGGAAACAUCUCCAGCGGAAUCGACUGACCCAAGAGCAACUGAAGCGGAUUCCUACACACGACUAUCAGAGGGGAGACCGGUAUGAGGUCUGUGCCAUCUGCCUGGACGAGUAUGAGGAUGGAGACAAGCUGAGGGUCCUUCCCUGUGCCCAUGCUUAUCACAGCCACUGUGUGGACCCCUGGCUCACCCAGACCCGGAAGACCUGCCCUGUCUGCAAGCAGCCUGUUCAUAGUGGCCCUGGAGACGGGGAACAGGAGGGAGAAACUCCGGGGCAAGAAGGUGAUGAGGAAGGGGAGCCAAGGGACCAGCCCGCCACAGAACGGACCCCGCUUUUGGGCUCCAGCCUCACGCUUCCCACAUCCUUUGGCUCCUUAGCCCCAGCCCCCAUUGUUUUUCUUGGGUCUUCAAUAGAUCCAUUGCCCUCCCCAUCCUCCUCUCCCUCUUCUGCGGCCAUCCUGGUCUGAUACCGCCCUCCCCCCCCCACCUCUGGCCACCUAUUUGCACAGCCCCUGUCCCUGCCUUCAGUCUAACCUUGUGAGGGUUGGGACGCAUUUCCACCGCAGGUUUCUUUCUCCUUUACUCAACCCUAUCCUUUCGAGGGGGCUGGGGGUGGAAAGGGACGGGGUCUUCACUUACUGGACUAAUAAAAUUGUUUUUGUGGAGUGAAAACAAAAAGUCAUUCAGAUAAGUGCGAAAGCCAUAGGUGAAAGCUGUCAAAGGCAAUUUGAAAGAGCGUAUUUUAGUAAUUCGUGCCAAGGGUGAC